AUGGACACGAAAUUCCAAGAAGCGCAGGAUGCGAAUCAUCGACCAAGAGGUCAGCUAUGCCUAAAUCACUCAAUUUCUUCAGCUAUUCCCGCGAUCUCGCUCAACGCCUUCUCAGUUUCUAACCAAAACACGAAGCAAAAAAGACGAUUUAUCUUCUUUCCAAAUACCUUCCUCUCCAGGAUAGCUUCGGCUCGCUUCACAGGAAUCAUCCGCACCACUGUACUGUACGGGAUAUACGAACCCGAGCAAGUACCGAGAUUGGGUCUGUGGACUGAAGUCCAAAUCUGGUCUGUUUCGAGUCUUCUGGCGAUGUUGAUCGUUUCAGUUGUCCGAUAUUAUGCUGGAUGGUCAACUAUGGAUGAUGAGAUUUCUGAGACUAGCAGGUAG